AUGUCAGCCGCAGGGCGUAGAGGCGCAUCUUCUCCGACAGGAUCGGCGUCUGGCCAGGCGUCGAAGAAAGCGAGAACCAAUGGCAGGGCCUGCGUGACGUGUCACCAACGGAAAGUGCGUUGCGACAUCCUCGAAAAGGGCACGCCAUGCUCCAAAUGCGAAGCAAACAACAUUUCCGACUGUCAGAUCUUUGAGAAGAAGAAGACUAGGUCCUCGACAAGGGUAUCUCGGAGCCCCAAUGUCUCUAUUCAGCCAAAGACAACAAUAGCACCGAGCUCUAGACCCACAACCACGCCAACAGCAUCGAAUGCCGCCAGUCCGUGGGUACCAGUCAACGUUGACUCGCGGCCAGCAUCGGCUCCAGGAAACGAGCUCAAUGCUCAGACCCAUUACGCUACUGAAGUCGCAACGCGAAAUUUGGCUGAUUUUCUUGACCGGGAAGAGACAGGAUAUCAAGAUAUUCUACCAAGCGGUAGACUUUACUUCAUCGGAACCGAGUUCUCGAACUUGAACUACCUCGUUCGGCAGCGGUCUCAACGGCCCGAUCAGAAUGUCCUACAUUUCGGGAGUCACCCUCUUGCCCCGAGGAUGUCUUCAGUGCCGCCCGAAGCCUUGGAACUGCCCACCAAGGCCUUGGCUGAUAAACUUGUUCAGGCUUACUUUAUGCACAUCAACCGUGGCAUUCCCAUUGUCGAUGAAGAGUUCUUCAUGAAGAAGUACAACAAUACAGAGACCAGCGAGGAUUUCGCUAGGCAACGGCCGUUAUCUUUACUUUUGCUGAAUGCUAUCCUACUCGUCGGGGCGCACAUCUUGUCCAACGAGCGUGAUGAGCUCAAGGCGUUAAAGGCGGUCUUCUUCAAGCGAGCGAAAGCUUUGUUUGACUGUCGUUUCGAGCAACAUCGUGAAACGUACCUACAAGCUGCUAUCCUUCUGACUUGGCAAUGCGAUGACCUCGAGGAUGUCAUCUCAAAUUCAUGGUAUUGGAUCGGCAUUGCUGCUCGAACGGCGUACGGUAUGGGCAUGCAUCGGGAUGCUACACCAUCAGGCCUUAACGUCAUGGAUAAGCGCCUAUGGCGGAGGCUAUGGUGGACUUUGUAUCAAUAUGACGUUUUGGUUUCUAUGGCUCAUGGUAGACCUCAAGCCAUAAGCCUUGACGAUUCCGAUGUGCCACUCAUCAAAGAGUGUCAUCUAGAAGAUACACCGGAAGCCGAAGCGUCUUUCAUAGUUCAGCAUACACAACUGUGCAUCAUUUUCGCAAAGGUUAUGAAAAAGCGAGUUGCUCUACGUUGCAAAGAAGGAGAAAAGGCUGAGGCGACAAGGAAAGCUGAUAUUGCGCUCGCUGAGUUGGUCACCAAUCUGCCCGAACGACUCCAGCUAUCCUCAGGGGAUCCAGACAUUUGGCAGUCAAUGUUCCACAUCACAUACAACAACUUUCUCAUCCUCCUUCAUCGGCCGCCUCCUCGGACAGUAUCGGGACCCUCUUCAGUAGAAGCAAGCAACGAUCUGACCAUAUGUUCUGACGCAGCGGCUACAAUCGCCUCCAUCUUUGAGUCUUUGCGGAAGAGAGAGAUGCUGGCCGGCUUGUGGCUUCCAAGCCUUCACAUGCUCUUCACAGCUUUGGUUCACACAGCAAGCCAGAUGCACUCUAGCAAUCCAAUCGUCGCAGCCAAGUCAAAGCGCCAUACUGAAUCCAUGAUACGGACAUUGCAUGCAAUGAAAUCCCAGUGGUUGUACGCGCAAAGUCUGCUGAAUCUAUUCGAGCCGAAACGACCAAGGAGUUGCGAUCUUGACCAGCAAUCCACCCAAUUUGAUGGCGCGAGCGAUCGAGUGGCUAAUUUUGGAGAGCAGAAUCCUUCCAGGAUCUCUCUUCCGACCGACAUUCUCAGACACAACGAUCACACCAUCAUCGGAUCGUCAGCAUCCGUGGGAAAUGGUGUUCCAGGGCGGCCUCUAGUUUCUGGCCCAGCUUAUGGCUCACAGCAUAUAGAUGCGGCACCAGGGCAUAGUUUAGCUAGAGAUCCGGUGGAGCAGUACGCGGCAGCUGUAGUUGGUAAUAUGUCCCAAGACGGCCAGCCUUAUGGCACUGGCUUCGUAGGAGACGAUAUGGGCCUCACUGAUGCCGAUACUAUGGAUAUGCUGCAGCUUCCGUCGGCUCUGGAGUUCCUAUUGGCAGGCGCUGGAAACAACUUUGACUUCUGA